AUGAAGCUCUCAGCUUUGCAUCAGAGCUACUUAAACCGGCGCAACAACAGCUUCAGAUCUCCAAUAGAUUCCUCCGUCGACACCUCCGGGAAGUCUCUUCUCCCCGUCUUCUGGCUCGUCCUCCACUGCCUCUGCUGCUUGAUAAGCUUACUCCUCGGCUUCAGAUUCUCCAGACUAGUCUUCUUCUUCCUCUUCACCACCAACAACCUCUACUCUACUCCCUUCCGUCCCGACUUACCUACUCUCAAGCACGAUCUGAAUCAUCAUCACAGUCAUCCCUCCUCCAACUCGACGACGGAGGUGAUCAAGAGCUCGCGCGUCGUAGUGGGGAGACACGGGAUCUUGAUCCGGCCGUGGCCGCAUCCGGAUCCCGUGGAGGUGAUGAAAGCGCAUCGGAUCAUCGAGAGGAUGUUCCUCAUACCCGUAUAUAUCGAAAAGUAG